UUGGGGAUUUAUGGGGGAUUUAUGGGGAAUAUUUGCAAUUGAAUUAAUGGUAAAAAUAAAAGAAAAAUAUGGGGGGAAUAAAGAGACAAAAACAGGGAGAAACGACAACAACACAGUAGAGAGAAGGGGAGGGGGGAAAGUUUUUUUUUCCCUCUCCCCCUCCCUCCUAAAUAUUUAAUAAAUUCAUAAGUAUAUUUAGAAAGGGCAGAAAAUAUAGAAAAAAUUGAAAAAAAAAUUUUUUUCUUGUUAAUAGUUCUUGAAUUGCCAACAAAAAAAGUUUAAAAGAAAAGGAAGGAAAGUUGAGAAAACAGCUGUUUUAGUCAAAAGAAUUUUUAAGAAAGGGGGGCGUAAAAAAUAAGGUAUAAAUUGAUUAAUUUGUGUAAACUUAAUAAAAUAAAGGAGAAAAUUGAGUAGAAAAAUAUAAGAGAGAGAAAGAUUAUUAAAUUAAAAAUUUUUUUUAAAUUUUUGUUGAGGCUUCUACUAAAAUCUAGUCUGACAAUAAAAUCUGGUUAUAGAAGCCCAUAGUUGCUGGAAAAUUCUUUGAUCUUUGUUAUUCACUAGAAUUGGCUAACAAAAUUUAUUAGACAUACAAAACUAUUGGCUUUCUUGAGACUUUAAUUUUCGAUUGUAAGAGGAAGUCUUGGUCGUCUUUGAAGUUUUUAGAAACUAUCCCCCCUCUAUGUAGCGUAAAAGUCAAAAUUUUUGGUGAUUCGAAAUCAUGACCAUAUUCGCCCGAGCUUUAGUUACCACCCGAUAGCCGAAAACGGGCUUUUUUCGACCCGACUUGGCUGGACUCGAAACCCGACAAACUUGCAGCCGCAAGUUUAAUCGCCCUGAACCCGCCCGAUUUUUUUCCAACCCCUUGAGCCUUGGAAAACCUCGAGCCUUGAAAAGCUUUCGGUUUCGUAGUAUGUCCACAUUAUAAAAUUUAACAAAAAAAAGAUUUUCUUAAAUUAGGGAUAUUAAUUAGAGUAUAUAAAAAUGUUUUUUUUUUUCAAAAUUCUUUUGGGUAGACAAAAAACAGUUGUCCUUCUUUUUUGGUGUAAAGUUAAACUUU